AUGGCCCCGUACGAGGCUUUGUAUGGGCGCAAGUGUCAAACUCCCUUGUGUUGGUAUCAGGAUGGCGAAAACUUAAUGGUAGGGCCAGAGCUGGUGCAACAAACUACAAAGAAGGUGCGUCAGAUUCAAGAGCGAAUGAGAACAACACAGAGUAGGCAGAAGAGUUAUGCUGAUCGACAUAGGAGACCCUUAGAGUUUCAAGAGGAUGAACAUGUAUUCUUGAGAGUGACGUCUACUACUGGAGUUGUGGCAUAUCAAAUUGCUUUACCACCGAAUUUAGCUAAUUUACAUGAUGUGUUCCAUGUAUCACAAUUGAGGAAGUACAUGGCAGAUCCAUCCCAUAUUAUUGCACCAGAUGAUAUUCAAUUGAAGGAGAAUUUUACCUUUGAGGUCCCACCGAUAAGCAUCGUCGACAGAACUACCAAACAUAUGAGGGGAAAGGAAAUUCCAUUGGUUAAGGUGAUUUGGAAUCAGACGACUUGGGAUGCUACUUUGGAGUUGGAAGAGAAGAUGAGAGAGCUUUACCCAGACCUUCUAGAGACCUCUUAG